AUUGUUGAUAAACUGCAUUGGUAUGUUCAGAAUGGUGAUACAAUUGUGGACUUCUGUUGUGGUGCUAAUGACUUCAGCAUUCUUAUGAAGAAAAAGCUUGAAGAGACUGGAAAGAGAUGCUCAUACAAAAACUUUGAUCUACUUCCAACGAAGAAUGAUUUUAAUUUUGAGAUGCGAGAUUGGAUGACUGUACAAACAAAGGAGUUGCCUACAGGGUCAAAGUUGAUCAUGGGCUUAAAUCCCCCCUUUGGACUAAAGGCAGCAUUGGCUAACAAGUUUAUAGACAAAGCUCUUGAGUUCAGACCGAAGCUCAUGGUUCUCAUUGUACCAUCAGAGACACAGAGGCUAGAUGAGAAACGGCGUCCGUAUGAUCUUGUCUGGGAGGAUGAGAGGUUUCUAUCGGGCAAGUCAUUUUAUCUACCUGGAUCAGUUGAUGCUAAUGACAGGCAAAUAGAGCAGUGGAAUGUAAAGCCACCCCCACUGUACCUUUGGAGUCGUCCUGAUUGGACUAGCAAGCACAAGGCCAUAGCUCGGGAGCAUGAUCACCUGAUCAGCCAGCGUGAGGUGUCACCUUCCAGUCAUACUAAGGAGGAUAAUUCCGAUGUCAAUAUCAAGCAAGGUGAUGACAUCUUGAAUUCAAUUGAUGCACCUAUCAAUGAAGGUCAGGUGAGAUACUCACCACAUGGAAGUGUUGAUCGAGGGAGUCAAGAGAGACAAUAUAGGGUGAGCGAUCCUGAGAAUACCUCAUGGAAGAGGAAACGACGUGAGGAAAAUGAUGAAAGAGGACUAGGUGUGACCUCACCAGUCAAUCCAAUUGAUAUGAGAUCCUCAAUUGAACGUUUGCAGCCUAAACAUGACAUGCCACCUCCAGAUUUUGAGGUUGUUGAUAAAGGUUAUAGGAAUUUGGAGCCUACCUCUUCCUCACAUACAGGGGGGAUUAGGGGAUCCUAUAGCGGGACCGACUAUUGGCCAAGUGUUUCCAAUCCCCUUUAUGAUUCUGGGGUUACAGGCGUAGAUGGACGCCAUGGCAGCCUUAUGAGAGACACCGGAUAUAGACCCUAUGUCAGGGAGGAUGAGAGCAACCUUAGGGAACUAGGGACAAGGCAACAUAUUCGCCAAUACGGGCUUCAGAAUCCUAAUAAUGUGACUGGUAAUUAUCUAUCAUCUGUUCACGAUCCUGCUUAUAGACAUGAGGGAUUAAGUUAUCCAGCCCAUGGCUCAUCAUAUGAGUCUCCUUAUGCCAUGAAUGCACCAGCCAUGCAGCGAUAUGCACCUCGUCUGGACGAAUUAAACCACGUAAGGAUGGAUCCUCUGGGGUCUGAGCCUCCUCCUAUAGUUGGACGUAGUGUGCCCCAACCUGGAUAUGAGAAUUGGAUGCCAGGUUUUGCAGGCAGUUCUCACCAUCUCAAUUCACGCCAGAAUUCAGCAGACCGGUUCAACCAAUAGCUUUGAACUUCCAUUGUUUAUCUUUCUCCCUUUAAUUUUGGGUCAAAAUGCUGUAUGCCAUGGGUUGUAUGCUCUCAGCUAAUCUAAUCUUCAGUCCAAUUCCUUCCGAAAGAACGUCUAGUUUUUUUUUUCUUUUUGGUGAUUUCUGAUUCCUUAUGGUUAGUGGAAUUGAGUAAUCAUCUGUGUACAUACAUGACCUUGGAGUGGGUAGAUAUUAUGUGCCACUUACCUAACUACUGUAUUGUCAAUCAGAGUUCAAAAUUUAGAUUAUCAGCCACUCACAUUUGUUACUGUUCUACAUUUUCUUCAUAGUUUGAAGAGUAACUCCUUGCUUGUCAACUAGACAUUUUAAUACCUCUCCUUUCUUCUAGAAGCGCAUUGCCCACUAUUUUCA